AACCUAGUAACUGUGGCAGCCCAGGGGCCACUCGGGCCAGGACCAGCUGGAGGGCUCAGCACUGCCCAAGCCAACUCACAGCAGUGGCACAGAGCACCAGGUGUGGUUUCAAAUCAUGAGACGCCACUUCAAGGACCUUCGGGGAGAAGAUUCCACAACUGAUGGGACCACCCUCAGUGUGACCAGCCCCGAGUCCACAGAGGGCAGUCUGGAAAUGUUCUGGCCAGAAACCACAGAGGGGCCAGCGCUGGCCCGCGCAGACAACCUCUCCCCGAGGACGCGGUGGCGCAUCACGCUGGGCUGGAGCCCCUCCUCACCCUCAUCCGUGUCCUCAUCCUCCUACCGCUCCUACUCCCCGCGGCCUCCUUGCGGCCUGUGUGCUCAGGGGGACCCGGACCCUGGCCCACGAAGCGUGCCCGCGCUGUAUACCCGCGUGCAGACCGUGCGCGGCGUGGCUGUGGCCUGGGAGACCGAGGCGGGCUUCGCGCCCAUCAGCAGCCAGCCGCGCGUCCGAGAGGCCCAGUUCCUCGGGCGGCAGCGGCGGUGGGGCUCUUCCUUUGAGGUGGCCUCCAACACCGACCUGCGCGCGGACCUAGAGGCUUGCGGUGACGAGCAUGAAGGGGAGCCCGAGGACGACGCGGGACGCGAAGACGCGGAGCUGGAGCAGGAGCUGCGCGAGCCGCCGGACUCACUGGUCACCACCAGACACGGGCUGCGUUGUGUUGCCUGUUGCCGCGUCUUCCCCUCGCUGCCUGCGCUACUGGAGCACGCACAGCACGGCGUCCAUGAGGGCUUCAGCUGCCAGAUCUUUUUCGAGGAGAUGCUGGAGAGGCGGCGCGCGCAGGGCCGAGCGCAGGACCCCGAGCUUGAGGGCCAGGAGCCUAGCCCGGAGGUGGGAGGCGAGCAACGUGCCUGGCCUCUCGGCGAGGACCCUCGGUCACGCCAACAGCAGCAGUGAAGUACAGGGCAGGCGCCCCUGACCCUCUGUCCAGCUCCCAGGCCGGCCCCCCUUCCAGCCACCAGGAUCAGAGCCAGGGCGCAGGGGUAUGGAGCCCCUCCCAGGGCGCAGCGUUUCAAAACCCCCUGGGCAAAGAAGAGAGCUUGGGAGUGUUUCCGAUGGUGCAGGAUCUGAAGGCCGCGCAAGCCGCAGGGACUCCGAUUUUGCAGGGGGCUCUACAGGGUCCUUGCUUGCUGUACAAGAUGUGGAUCCCAGGCGAGCCCACUGCAAAUGAAGAUUCAGCUCUAUUUUUACAUUGUUAGGAAUCCGUCCUUUGCCUGAGUUCUAUUCUUAUGUUAUUGGGAUUAAACUUGAAUAACUCAUA